UCGCAGACGACGUCAUGUUUAACCAGAGGACGAGAGGACCCUAUGCCCGAGGAAACGUCCCGCAAAGCUUGUUCGAAGACGAUGAAACGCAAGACCCCAAUGAGGGUACCAAUGACAUCUUGUUAAGAGAGCUCCGGGAACUGAAAGACCUUGUGAAGGAUGUGCAAAAGCGUCAGGGCUCUAUAGAGAAGACCAUGAAACACUUGGCUUCCAAACUUGGUGCUGAGCAAUUUGACCUGGCCAAGUCAAGUCAUGCAGCAAAUGUCACGAAAAUAUUAGCAAAAGCCUAUAUACAACUUGGGCGGUUUUCAAAGAUAAAUGAAAGCAAGACUGAGCAAUUGCACAUGGAGUUCCAGGACUCACCAUAUGGUCUUACAGUUGCUGAAGCGAUGACCAAAGUGGAUGUCUUCGAAAAGGCAAAAUUUACCUACUGGAGAGCAGAAGAGAGAAGAAGGGUAUACAUUUAUAAAUCCAAAUUUUAA